AAAUAUUUUUACUAGAAUAAAGAAAGAAAAAAUAGAUACAGAAUUGUAUCUGUAUAACCCCCAAUCCUCUUAUCCAUUUCUCCUCCCUCUCCAAAAAUUCAGAGCUCUGCACCAUAAAAAUGUCAUCUUUUUCAUCCCCAUUUCUGAAAUCACUCACAUUAUCAUCAACCCCAUCAGCCCUUUCAUUCUCCCACACAAUCUUGAAAUCUUUCCCAGUGAAAUCACACACAUUCCUCAAGAAAAACCCACCAGGGUCUUUGUCUAUCAGAGCCCAGACCCUUGAUUUUUCAGGGUCAUUCUUUGAGAGAGGUGGGUUUGGAGGUGAUGAUGACCCCCCAGCAACAGGUGGGAUUGGGCUAGCAACUGCUGUGGAGGAGAAAGAAGAGCCUCAAUGUCCACCUGGGCUCAGACAGUAUGAAACUAUGGCUGUUCUUAGGCCUGAUAUGUCUGAAGAUGAGAGGCUCACUCUUACUCAGAAGUAUGAAGAGUUGCUUGUUGCUGGAGGUGGAAUGUAUAUAGAGGUAUUCAACCGAGGUGUCAUUCCACUGGCUUACAGCAUCAAGAAGAAAAACAAGGCAGGAGAGACCAACACUUACCUCGAUGGUAUUUACCUGUUAUUUACCUAUUUUACCAAACCCGAAUCUAUGGAAGUCCUUGAAGAAACAUUGAUUACAGAUGAUGAAGUUAUCCGCUCAUCUACGUUCAAGAUAAGGAAAAGGAAAUACUAGAUGAUGAAAAUUUGUAACAUCAUAAUGUACUUUUAGGAAAAAGGUUCUUCCAUGGAUGUUUCCUCCUUUUGUGUAGUCAAAAUCUAUUUAUGUAAUUCCAAUAUAAUUGAUAUCAUGUGUUGCGGAUAUAUACAAUUGCUAGAUGCAGAAGAGGUUGUUUGCCUGA